AUGGCAAGUGAGGAGGAGAGUGUUCUUGUUCUAGUGCAUUGCUGUGGAAAAAUUAAAAAAAGCAAAAGAAGUGGUGUGAAGUUCACUGAUAGAGAACCGGUGAGUGUUUUCAUCAGUUCAACAAGCACGUUGUCAGAUCUAAAGAACAGCAUUUUACAGAAGGUUGGGAUUUCUGGUAGCAAGUUUGUGAAGAAGUUAUUCUACAAGAUUCCCAUUGCAGUUGUCUCGACCCGGGUUCAGUAUGACACCUUUGUGCUAGCGGCUGAUGAAGACAUUAGGGUUCUGUUCCAUUGUGUCAGAAGUUUUCCAGAGGUUAGAAUACACGAGUUAUUCGCAAAGUUGGAUGUUGGGGUGGAUAGUUAUGGGGCAUCAGCUCCAUUACAUAACUCAAGUGGCGUAGGAGGUGCGUCUUGUUCGAUGCCUGUGAUAGCACCGGCUGUUCUGCUAGUGGCAUCCCCAUCAUUCGCGGCUGAUUUAGAUCGAUUGAAGGGUGUUGGUUCUGCACCUUUGCAGGAUCCAGGGGUCCGUGGGCAGGCAUAUGAGGUGGGCACCGGUGGAGGCUUGAUUCCUGAUGUGCAAGGGUUUGGGGAACCUGAUCGAGUAGAGAACACAAUGUAUGAUGAUGAGUCUGACCAGGAGCCUGUAGAUAUCAUUGGGGACAGUGAUGAUGACACAGCUGCCAAUCCACCUACACAGCAUGGGGCUUCAAGUUCUGGCACUCAGCAAUACCCUCCACACUUCUCGACUCUAAACUUGGAGGCUCUGGGUGAACAGGCGGCUGAUGGUGGUCCCACAGUUGGUGGGUCUUCUACGGAAUUUCAGAUUGGGCAGUCAUUCCAAAAUAAAGAAGAGGUUAUGUUGAGUGUGAAGGACUACAACAUCCGUAGAGGUGUUGAGUACAGAGUCAUCGAAUCAGAUCAUCUGAAAUAUCAUGGAAAAUGCAAGGAGUUUGGCAAGGGUUGCACUUGGUUGAUUCGCGUAGCGCUCCGUGCACGCAAGGGCACUUGGGAGGUUUGGAGGUACAACGGCCCACACACCUGCUUAGCUACGUCUAUAUCGAGUGAUCACCGUCAGCUAGAUUACCACGUUAUUUGUGCGAGGAUUCUUCCGUUGAUUAGGACAGAUGCUGCGGUUACGGUAAAGGUAUUGCAACAAGCUACAGAAGCAGACUACGGUUUCAAGCCUAGUUACAGGAAGGUUUGGCUAGCCAAACAGAAGGCAGUGGCACAAAUAUAUGGAGAUUGGGAAGAAUCGUAUGCGGAGUUGCCACGUUGGAUGCUAGGGGUACAGUCUACCAUGCCUGGGGCAGUUACUGUUCUGAAGACCUCUCCUAUUUGUGUUGGGGGUGAGGUUGAUGAGUCCACGGUGUACUACCAUGCCUCUGCUGCUGCUGUCUCUCGGGGAACGGCACUGAAUGAUGAAUCUGCGCAAGAUGGGAACUCGAACAUCCUUCCCAUCGCAUUCGCCCUUGUUGAGGGAGAAAAUGCAGAGUCAUGGUCUUUCUUCUUGUCCAACCUACGAUCGCAUGUGACGCCACAGGAGGGCAUCCUUGUUAUCUCUGAUAGGCAUAAUGGCAUCAAGUCAGCACUUGAGGCACCUGAGACUGGAUGGCUACCUCCACGUGCCUAUCGUGCCUACUGCAUCCGUCAUGUGGCUGCAAAUUUUGCCCUUACCUUUAAAGGUAAGGAUGCGAGGAGGAUGUUGGUCAAUGCUGCAUAUGCAAAAACUGAAGCAGAGUUUUAUUAUUGA